AUGGCACAAAUUUCGGGAUCAGGAGAGACCAACUUUAAGGAAGUAAAUACCAUAACCACUAGAUCUGGAAAAGUCAUUGAACUAGCCAUUCAAUCUAGGGAGAAUGAAAAAGAAUCAAGCAAGCCUAAUGAGAGUAGCCCUAGUGAAGAAGUAGCAGAAGUUCCAGUUAGGGUACCUUUCCCUCAAGCCCUCAAAUCCACCUCGAAGUCAACCACUCAACACAAUGAAAUCCUAGAGCAUCUUAAACAAGUGAGUGCUGUGACAGAGCAGAGGAUCCCACCAAAGUAUAACGACUCUGGUUGUCCUACCAUCUCUUCUGUCAUUGGGAACCGUGAGUUUACACAAGCCCUUCUUAAUUUAGGAACUAGUGUUAACCUCGUGUUAUGCUAUAUACCUGUUGUAAGGUCUACCAUAAGACCUAAGAGAUUAGUUGAGGAUGUGCUAGUUCAGAUUGAUAAAUUUUACUACCCCAUUGAUUUCUUGGUACUAGAUGUGAAGGUUGAGGUAAAUGUUGAUUCUAAAAUCCCAAUUAUACUUGGUAGACCUUUCUUUGCUACAACUAAUGCUCUAAUCAAUUGCAGGAAUAGUCUGAUGAAGCUUUCUUUUAGGAAUAUAACUCUAGAAGUUAAUAUUUUUCAUGUCACCAAACAACCUAGAGAAGAAGAUGAAUCUCAUCAAACCUACAUGAUUGAUGGAUUAACGCAGGAGGAAGCAUUUGCAAAAAUUGAUUAUGAUCCAUUGAACUCUUUUCUCCUAAACUCUAAAAUCUCAAUUGGUUUUGAUAUUGAUGAAUAUACUAAUAUUUGUGUUGUUUUUGCAAAAUUGCAGGACCAUGGGACUUUGCCAUGGCAACCCAAGUUUGAAGAAUUGCUUGAAAUGACUGGAGGACAAAAACCAUCGAGCAUCGAGAGCCCUAAGCCAGAAUUGAAACAACUACCCCCAGGACUGAAACAUGUAUUUCUUGGACUAGAUGAUACCUUUCCUCUUUUGAGCAUUUUGAAUGAGAAUAAAUCUGGCCCAAUUGCAAAUAGUAAAUGGGAAGUUAAAUGCUGCUACUCACAAGGACCAUUUCUCUCUCCUUUUUUUGGACCAAAUACUCGAACGUGUAGCUGGUCAUUCCUUUUAUUGCUUCCUAGAUGGAUACUCUGGAUGCCAUUUGGACUUUGUAAUGCCCCUGCCACCUUCCAAAUAUGUAUGAUGAGUAUGUUUAGUGACAUGGUAGAUGAUUGUAUGGAAGUAUUUAUGGAUGACUUAACUGUGUUUGGAACCUCUUUUGAUGCAUGUUUGUUGAAUUUGAAGAGAGUUUUGGCUAGAUGUGAAGAAAAAUGCUUAGUUUUGAAUUGGGUCACUUCAUGCUGCCUUCCGGUCCUUAUAGGAGGUUUAUACAAAAUUUCUCAUCUAUAUCUAAACCCUAUGUAA